AAGGGGAAUCUUGGAUUGAUGUAAACAAUAGAGCAUAAUAGAUGCUUUAAUUGAUUAUUUAAAGAUGUAGCGAUUUAAAACUAAAUAAUAUCACAGUACUUCUUGUAACACAUGGAGGGUAACUAUUAAUAUAUAUAUAUAUUUUAGAUUUAUUAUGGAAUUUAUGAAUUAAAUUAAUUACAUGAUCAAUAAAAAACAACCGGUUUAUAAUAAUAGUGCUUUAAAUUGCUCUAUUACUAUUGUGAAAUAUACACUUCCAAAAGGAGAAGUCAAAAUAGUAACUUAGAAUGAUGCUACACAUAUAUAAAAGUUAUGA